CCACGUACCUGCCAUCUUGCUGUAAAUAAACUAACAAACCGGUCUUUUCUGCAGAAGUUUUCAUUGCGAGCUUGCUUUUGUCGUUGACUGUCUAAGGGUAAAGAACAAAUGGGUGGAUAUUGGAGUUCAGGAGAAGUACCUGGUGGAGGUACCGAAGGGUACCAUGUUUUACGGGUGCAAGAUGGAUCCCCAGGACAUAAAGCUGGCCUGGAAGCAUUUUUCGACUUCAUUGUUGCUAUAGGAAAUACAAGAUUGAAUGAGGAUAAUGACACCCUCAAAGAUUUACUAAAGGCAAACAUAGAGAAACCUGUUAAGAUGGCUGUGUACAGCAGUAAAACACAGUCUGUUAGGGCAGUGACCAUCAUACCAAGUCACAACUGGGGCGGCCAAGGACUACUGGGAGUUAGUAUCAGGUUUUGUUCCUUCGAGGGUGCAAAUGAAAAUGUUUGGCAUGUUUUGGAUGUACAACCAAACUCUCCAGCAGAUUUGGCUGGUAUGAAGACAAAUACAGAUUACAUCAUAGGAGCUGACUCAGUUUUACAUGAGUCUGAAGAUCUGUUCACAUUAAUAGAAAAUCACGAGGGUAAACCGUUGAGACUGUAUGUGUAUAAUACAGAGACAGAUUCUUGUAGAGAGGUUACACUAACACCCAAUGGAGCAUGGGGUGGAGAAGGAAGCUUAGGUUGCGGUAUUGGCUAUGGCUACCUUCAUCGUAUUCCAAAACGUCAGUUCCCCUCAUCAAAGUCCAAUGUCACGCCUUCAGCACCCCCACAACCUUCAAAGGAUGGUUUUGCAGAGAGAUUGGAUCAUGGAGUGCCUCCCUCAGGUGUGAGUCCAUACAAACAACAAUUGAGGGCAGACUUGAACUAUUUUCAGGAGGUGCCUCUAGGUGGAUCUACUGGAAUCACACAGGAUAUGUCUAAUCUUAACAUUAAUACUGGUACACCAACCAUUCCAGUUAUCCCCCAGGCUGACAAGUUACCAGGGGUCCAGCCUCCUAUGGUCUUACCCAACUUCUCAAUGGGCGCCCCAACAGGUAUCCCCCCUCCAUCUACAUUACCUGCUGGCAUUGGGAACCUCCCAUCAUUAACAUCUAUUCCCCCCUUGACUACCCCUGUAUCUUUACCAGGGAUGCCACCUGGAGUGGUGCUUCCAAAUGCAACAACAGGAACACCUCUACCAAAUUUCCCCAUGCCAACUUCAGUGCCCCUACCAACAUCAAUUCCUCUCCCAAACUUCCCCCUCCCCACACAAACUCUGGCCACCUCUCCAGGUGGUGGAGUCCCGUCUUUCUCAGCACCCACUGGGGUCCCUCCACAGGUGUUACCCACACCUGUAUCUACUGACACCACCAAUGUAACAAAUGUGGCCACACCAGCUGUUACUCAAGGACAGACAGCAUCACCUGAACCAGUGGCAGCUUCAUCGUAGCUAUUACUUUGUAAUAUAGUAUAGUUAUUCUAAUUCUAUUUUUCAAUUUUGUUUGCUACAUUUAAAGAUAAUUACUGGUCUUGAUGUUUUUUAUUUAUUUAUACUCCAUUGUUGCAUGUACAUACUGUCACACUAACCUUGUAAGAGGUCCAUUGAUCUGUUUAUCAAUUUAUCAAAUCUGCAUGUUACAAAGUAAGAGGAGGUAUAUGUGAAGAUGUGUGUAGAUUAAUGAGAAGAUUGUUGAAAGUACAAAGAAUGUAUUAUCUUUCAAAAAGAGGUUUAAUAAACAUGUGAUCCAUCAUUUAGAUUUUGAGAUUGAAAGGAAAACCAAUUCUGAAAUAGAACAAUAAGUUUUAAAUAACAAUUUAAAACUUUCUGUUUAUGUAUUUACAUGUAUAUGUAAUGUCAUAUAAUCAGAGAUUUAUUCAGUGUUUUCAAGUUGACUGAAAUUAUUGGGGGAUAUCAUGUAUAUACAUUAGAUCAUUCCAGUCUUUCUUGACAUUUAUAAGCUAAACUUUUUGUAUUUACUUCUGAAAGUGUAGAUGAAAAAGUCAUCACUAAAUUUAAGUAUUUAUUAAUCAUGAAUCCAGUGCAAUGUGUCAUCCAGUGCUCCUGACAUUUGGUUGAACUUUUUGUGGGUGAUUUCAAGGUAUGGUGGAAGUUCAGAUUUUGCAAGUCAUCCUAAGGACUUUAAAUGUUUCUUGUCUUCUGUAGAAUCUUAUUAUGUAUAGCGAGUUGUCAACAUUUAAUUUUUGCAUUUAUUAAUGUAUCUUUACACCACUGUCAAGGGAUAACACAAGUUCUUUGUAACAAAAAGUUACAAAGAGAUUUUCUGAAAAGAAAUAAAAUGUAUGAUAUGUAUUUGCACUUCUAAAUUGUUAAUCAUAUUUAAAAAAUUUCAUGGGUUGAAAUCAGUUUUCAUCUAUAUUAUAUAAUAUAAAUGGUUAAGUCAAAUUUCAUCUUUGUAAAUGGUUAUGUUUUUUCAUGAUGGAAUGUGAGAAAGUGACUGGAACUGAAGAAUAUGAGAAAGUGCUAUAAACUUUUAUUAAAGAAAUACUUUUUUUUGGUUCAUCUUUUAUGAAGCAUUUUGCUGUUUUCUUGCUUGGUGUAUAAUUUUGUUUAAAAAUAGGAAAUAAAAUCAAGUUUUUGUUUCA